AGCAUCAUCCCUCGCCAUCAAAAGGCCUGCGCCCGGCCUGCACCGACGGCUGCUGUAAGAGGCUGCUCUCAGACUCCGCCAUAGACUCCGACAUCGACUGCUGCUGCACUGCGGGCUCUUUAGCUAGACGCUGACGGUGCUGCCCACGCCCACGCCCGCUCUUCCCGGCGAAGAAGCUGCCCUCGACACACCGCGCGACUCCACCUAGCAGGGCCGAGCACCCAGCGCGCUUCUCCACACCGAGUCUCAACACGAGCACCACCACCACCUCCUCCUUCACCACGACGACGCCAAGCAUGAACACGCGCACCGGCACCCUGUCGCCCGUCUCGACAGACGGCCAGGAAUGGUCGCCCAUCACGCGCUACCAGAACCUCGCCGGCGAGAGCCCCUACUCGCCGGGCCUGCCCCCGAGCCAGUACGGCGGCAGCACCACCCCCGAUGGCGGCAUGCUGAACGGAGGCGGAAUGCGCCCGCAGCCCAACGGCAACCCGUCCCCGCCGAGCUCUGUGGGGCGCUCCAGCGACGGCACGGGCCUGUACGCCGCGAGCAUGAGCGAUGCGACGCUGACCAACAACAACAACAACGGCAACAACAGCCGCAAGCUGGCCAUGCUGGAGGAGACGAUGCUGGAGCACUUCCGCGUGCUCAAGGCCUACCUGGGCCCCUACCUGAACGACGAAAAGGGCAACCCGCGCCCGAGCCGCGCCAAGGACAAGCUCACGCGCCUGUCGGGCGUGCAGUUCCAGGAGCUCAGCACCGACGUCUACGACGAGUCGAUCCGCCGCGAGCAGGACCGCAAGCGCGGCGGGCCAGGCGCCCCCGGCAACGACACCCCAAAGUUCCUGCUGCCCAAGAACAACUUCCACCCCAAGCGCAACCAGGCCCGCCAGAAGCUGUCCACCCUGCCGCUCGAGCGCUUCCGCCAGCUCGCCACCGACGUCUUCUACGAGCUCGAGCGCCGCUAUCCGCGCUUCACGGGCGGUGACCUGCCGCCCCGCGCUGCCAGCCCCGCCGCCAGCAUCGCCAGCCGCAUCAGCAACAGGGGGCCGCCCAGCCGCAACGGGACCCCCAACAGCAUGAAUGGCCGCCCGCCGCCAGGGGGAUACCCAGACAUGGGCAGUCGUCGGCCGUCGCAGGCCUCUCAGCUGUCGGGCUAUGGCCCACCCCCACAAGGAUACUCGGGUCCGCCCCCGCAAGGCUACUCGGGGCCGCCUCCACAAGGCAGACCACAGGGCCCGCCCAGGUCCGUGUCGGGCAACAACGAGCUUGGCCGCCCGCUGCCCCGAACCUUCCAGUCCAACACCAUCAUUCCAAACAAGGGCAUGAUGGUUGAGGACGACGACGACAGUGCAGGCGACGACGACGACGCAUUCAAUCUGGAAGGCGCGGCUGCGAGACGACAAACCAACAAGAGCGCCAAGAGCAUGAGCAUGGCGCAGGACAAGAUGGUCGUGGACUUACAGACCCAGGUGUCGGAGUUGCAGACCAAGGUCGAUACGCUGGAGGAAGCACUGCAGAACAAAGACGCCCAACUGCAACGACUCACCGAUGCUGACAAGAUGCGCGACGACAACUCUGCUGCCGAGCGAUCUGAAUGGGAUGAUCUGCGUAAUUUGCUGGAAGACAAGGUCGAGAAGGCCGAGAACCUCAACACGUCACUGCGCUCGGAGAUUGAGAAACUGCGCAGCGAGAACGAGGAGGUCGAGAAGAGCUUGCGCAAUGAGAAUGAAGAAGUAGAACAGAGCCUGCGCAUGCAAAUCGCGGACCUCGAGUCGAACCCUCCCCAGCAAGCGUACGAUGGUGGGGAUGAUGAGUGGAGGCAGCGAUGUGAGGAUCUCGAGCGCGAGCUGAGCGAGCAACAGCAAGUCACAGAAGAAGUCCGGAGAGACGCAUCCAUGUUCCUGCAGGAGAUGAGGGAACUAUCCGCACGCAGCGACGCAGCAUCACAGAAGGAGGAACGGUUGGCGACUGAGGUGUCGUCUCUGGAGGCCGAUGUCAAGGAAUGGAAAUCGCGCUAUGCACGCGCAAAGACGCAACUUCGAACCCUCAAGGCGUCGUCUAUCGGCUUGUCGUCGCUCGCGUCCCCGAAUAUCGCAAACUACGCGCGCGACCCUGCGCUCAGCACACCAGAUGGGCUGGUCAAGGACGUGCACGUGACGAAAUUCCAGCUUAGCAUCGACGAACUGCUACAAGCCGCGCGGAGGGUAGACCCCGAACGCACGCUCGAGAGCAUGCGCAACGUGGUGCAGUGCGUGCGGACCGUCAUCGGCGACAUUGACACCACGCCCAUGUCGCAGAUACAGUCGCCUGCUAGCAGCAUCCACGGAGACAUUAUGGCUAGUCCGGAGAAACAGCAGGCAAGGCUCAAAUCUCGCGUCAGCGCUACAGCCAACAAUCUCAUCACCGCGACUAAGAAUCACGCUUCUUCUACUGGUCUGUCUCCAGUCAGUUUGCUCGACGCCGCAGCGAGCCAUCUUUCCACGGCGGUCGUCGAGCUGGUCAAACUCGUUAAGGUCCGGCCUACGCCCGCGGAUGAACUGGAGGGUGAUGCAGCACAUGACGAUCUGCCCAUGCCGCUGAAACCCGCUGCGCUCUCGACACACAACGCGCCUCCGCCCGCGCAGCUUAGCAGUAAUAACAACAACAACGAGCCCAGCACCGCCGCAGCAACAAUCAGCCACAACCGCAGCAGCAAAGGCGGAAGCAGCGACUCCACGCGCUACAGCGCAUACAGCUCGCCCUACAGCGGCUACGACCGCCAAAGCGCAAACAUGUCCGACGGCAUGGCGGAAUUCAAGACAUACCUAGACCACCAAACAACCCUCCUAGUCCAAUCCAUCCAACCCCUCGUAACCCUAAUCCGCAACAACCCCACCACCGCCCCCGAAGCCCAAAUCAUGACUCACAUCCGCGACAUCGCCGCCGCGGUUGAACACACAGCGUCCCGCACGUACGAUGUCGUCGCGCAGAUGGAUGACCCUGCGUUGGCGAAACAUGCACUCCCUGUUGUCGAGGUGUUGGAGGAUUGUAGAGAGGAUUUAUUGGCUGUUGAUGUUAGGGGGGGGAAGGAGGGGAUUCCGUCACUGGCGUUUAGGGCCGGCAGGGCGUUGAAGGAACUUUUUGAGAGGGUGGAGAGGGUGGAGAGGGGGGAACUUACUGAGGGGGGGGAUGGGGGCGUGGAGUUUUAG